UUCACAAAUUGUCCACCUGCAGAUACAUUAUAAAUUCUAGUUUGGUGUCAGCCUUCGGGGAAUGCGGAAACAACGGUGGCUUGUUUUGAGAAUUCGAAAUAAAAUACUACUGUAACAGCAACAAUGAGCACCGGAACACCUUAUAUUGGAAGUAAAAUAAGUCUUAUCUCCAAGGCCGGGAUUCGUUAUGAGGGCAUUUUGUAUACAAUCGACACGGAUAACGCAACGGUGGCUUUGGCAAAGGUUAAAUCAUUCGGGACAGAACGACGACCUACAGACAGACCAGUGCCACCCAAAGAUGACAUUUAUGAAUACAUAAUUUUCAGAGGGAGUGACAUCAAGGACAUAACGGUGUGUGAGCCGCUGAAACCACACCAUGGUUUACCUCAGGACCCUGCCAUUGUACAGUCGUCCAUUGGGAGCUCCUUGUCCACAUACCCAUCCCAGGCCCCAUACAGUCCCUACCGGAGUAUGGUGCCUUCCUAUAACCAACUGGCUGCCAACUCUCUACUCAACCAGCAGUAUGCUGCUUCUCUGGGUCUGGGAGCAGGACUUCACAGCCUUCCAGCAAGAAGAGGCCCGAUGGUAGAACAGGCUGUCCAGACUGUACCAGCUGAGAAUGCUGCUGAAAAAAUAGCCCAGUCAGCCCCCCAGCAGCAAGGCAGAGAGUCUGGUCGGCUUUCCCAGCACUCUGGCAGAGAUGGCCCUCCGUCUCAGAGGACUGCUUCCAGUGUGGAAACUGUUUACUAUAUGAAGCAAACAGAAAAUAACCAGCGGGACCUACCUGAAUUUGUCAUGGAAACAGAUCAAAUACUGCGUGGCACAGCCCAGGAACAAAGGCAAGGCAAUGAUGAGAACCGCAGACCACAGAGACGAAGACAAGGCAAUCGUAGGGCAAGGAACCGUGGGAGAGGUCAGCUUCUUGUAGGAAACUCAAAAGCCAGAACCUUACAAUUUGAGUCUGACUUUGAUUUUGAAACUGCCAAUGCUCAGUUCAACAAAGAUGAACUCGAGAAGGAGCUUCAGGAAAAGUUGACCAUUAAAGACCCAGAGGAGAAGGUGGAGUCUGGGGAUAGUGAGGGCCAGAACACUGAGGGCACAGUGGAGGAUCCUCCUGGGGAGAAGUUCUACUAUGACAAAACAAAGUGCUUCUUUGACAAUGUCUCAUCUGAGAUGAUGUCUAGGACCACCUGGGCAGAGGAGCGCAAGCUGAAUGUGGAGACGUUUGGCGUUCCAGGCCGAUUCCUGAGGGGCAGAGGAUUCCGAGGGGACAAUCGUGGGAGACGAGCAGGGAGGGCCAACCAGCGCCCCAUGCCCAAAGUAGACAGUGCAAGGGUGUGAACAGGUGUGCAGUUACCUACCUCUUACUGUAAUAAUGUUAGCUUUUAUUUGCGUUUUAGUUUCCUAGAUGCUUUCCUACUACCAUCACUUGGCAUCAGUCUAUUUUUGUUUUAUCUUUUACUGGUAUUUGUGAGUUGAUACUGAAGUGUUCUAUGAUUCUUCCCUUCCUCUUGAAAGACUUGUUGUUGGCCCUGGAGCCCUUCAAUCCAAAUGACGGUUAAGAUUUUAAGUUGCAGUUUCCUUUCAUUUCUCAUUUGUGCCUUGUCAAAGUUGUGUACGGAACUUCACUAUUUGAGCAGGAAUUGCAAUUGUGUACAUAGUUUGUGUUCAGAAUCCAUUGUCAUUCAUGGUAGUGUAGUGCAAUAUCUGUACAUAUUAAACAUUUUUGAUUUUGCCUUGUAAAAAAAUAAAAUAAUCUGCAGGCAUAUUUCUUUAGGAAAUGUUUACUUAGAUUGGACCAAGGCGAUGUACUUAAAUUACUUAUUUUCUAUUAUUUCUUGUAAAUAAACUGAGUUGGCAUGUCUAUUGACUGGCCAAAUAUGUACACAUGGCCCUUAAAGGGUGAUUUUUCCCACAUGUUAAAAUUAUGAACAUUGGUUAGUUGUACAAAAGCAAAUCUUUUUUCUCUCUCUGUACUGAAAAUGUAAUUGCAACUGGGAAACUUGUAUGUUACUAAUCCAGUAAUAAUAAACUACAUGAG